UCGACUGACUUGCCGAACUUGACUUUCGUCGCAAAGCGACUUAUCGGAAUUUGUGUGGUUUUCUCGAAAAAUCUCAAUAUGAGUGAGCAGCUGAAAACGGUAUCUGCUAUGAAUAAAUUGUACAUCGGCAAUUUGCCCAUAGAAGCAGACGAAGCUGCUGUAAGACAACUGUUUGCGGAGCAAAACCUUACUGUGGCUGAUAUUUCAGUGAAAAGAGGUGGCUAUGCUUUCGUAGAUUUCCCUGACCAAUCGGCUGCGGAUCGAGCCAUUGAUAAGCUUCAUGGUUACUCUUACUGCGGUUUGCCGUUAAUUGUGGAGCCCUCCGUAGCUAAUAAAAAGAUAGUCAAUGUUCCGAACCUGCAAAGCGCGAGUGCUACUCAGCUGAAGGAGACUAACACCGACUCUCCGCCAGGAGGAUGGAG